GAGGGAUUUGAAGUUGUUAGAGAUUUGGUAAUCCAAAGCGAACGGUGAAGAGAGAAGGAUGGAAAGGACGAUAUUGAAGCUAAAAGCCAUAGAAGCAACAGCAGAGAGCUUCGCAGAGUACGGGCAAGUGAUCGAAGCUACAGACGACGGCGCUGAAUUCGGAGGUGAAGACGCUCAAUUAGAUCUCAGCAAUGGGAUCCCUAGGUUGUAUAUUCUUCACAUCGAGAACCGGCCGUUUGAAUUCUCGAAGAUAACGCAUCACGCGAGAGUAACGCAGUGCUUGGGAUCGGUGGAUCGGGAGGCUUGGUAUCUGGGAGUUGCGAAGGCGUCGAUUGUAGAGGAAGAGGAGGAGAUGAAUGGAGGAGGAAGGAGUUUCAGAUCUGGCGGAGGACAUUUGUAUGUGGCGCCGAAUGUGGAGGAAAUUCGGGCGUUUAGGAUAUCGGGAGCGAAGUUUGUGAAGCUGAAUAAAGGGACAUGGCAUGCGGGUCCUCUGUUUAAAGCAAGCGCUAGAGAUUUCUAUAACUUGGAAUUGACUGAUACUAAUAUUGUUGAUCAUACUUGUUACAGCUUUGGAGAAGAAGAUGGGGUAUUAUUUCACAUUGAGGAUUAGAUCCAUUGUUCCAUCCUCAAGGAGAUUAAAGAUUAUAUGUGGAGUUGAUCUGUGAUAUAUUGAAAUUAUGUUUUAUUGAUAGAAUAAAUUCAUGUGAAGAUUGAAGUUUGUAAUGAUUUGUUUGGGCUACAUGGAGAUUGAAGAUUGUAGUACUUUAUUUGAGAGGAAUUCUAAAAAUACUAAACUUAAAAAAAAAAAUUGUAUUUUGAUUGUAAUUGAGGACAUGUUUGUACUUUGGAAGUGAUUCUAAUAAGUGUUCUUAGACAAA